AUGGCUGCAAGUGCUGCUCCGGUGGGGCCCCGUGUGGGUGCCCCUGCUACGGCAAGUGCUGUGGCAGAUGUGGUGCCCAACCCCACUCUGUACUGCAACAACCUAAACGACAGGGUGCAGCUGAGUGACCUCGUAGCGUGCCUCUAUGAGUGCUGCUCUGCCUUUGGUGUAGUACUGGACGUAGUUGCAGGGCGGAAGAUUAGAGGCCAAGCCUUCGUGGUUUUCUCCGAGCUAAGCUCCGCCACAGCAGCAUUGCGAGCGCUGCAGGGCAAGGAGUUCCUCGGCAAACCGCUCCAUAUUGCGUAUGCAAAGACCAAGAGCGAUGCGUAUCUCAAGCACGUUGACCAGUUUAAACCAAGGAAGCCACAUGCACCAAGAACUGCAGUUGUUGCUACACAAUCCAAGGGUACUGCAGCGCCAUCUGAAGGAAAGUUUUCUCUAUUUGUUGAAAAUCUACCGGAGAAGGCGAGCAAAGCCUCACUCGAGAUCCUCUUCUCUCAGUACCGAGGCUACGCAGACACCCGGUUGGUAGAAGGCAGAGGGGUGGCGUUUGUGGACUUUACCUCGCAGCCUUUCGCCGAGGUAGCUUUGCAGGGCUUACAGGGAUUCAAAUUGACGCCUAGACAUCCUCUUCGCAUCUCACAUGUAGACAGGUGA